UUUUUUUUUUUUUUAAAUUUUAACAUUACCAAAGAUCAAAAAAUAAUAGUAGCAAAAAAAAUUACUUAUUUUUUAGAAUUAAGACGUUUCUUUACUUCGUUAGAGGUAGUGAUAUGGUCUGCGUAUACUCUACCCUCCCCAAACCCCAUGAUGUGGGAAUCUAUUGGGUUUGUUGUUGUUGUUUAGAAUUAAGACGUUAUUACCCUAUCGAACUAUAAUCAAAGUUGCUAUAACACAUCUUAAUUUUUCUUUAAAUCAAAUUAUAAACAUCAUUUAAUAGGGUUAUUAUGGUAAACUCUAAGCAUGUUGUUAAUUACUAUUUUUUUUAAUCAACGUGUCAUCUCAAUUUGGGACGGAGGGAGGGAGUAUUUUUUUUAGAGAAAUCGUUUUUCAAUGGGAGUACCAAACACACCCUUAUUCGCAAUUUACCUGUAAAUCAUUCAUUUCGCCAUAAUCCUCCUCACCUCAAUUUUGCCCUAGCUUAGCUCAAAUCCGCCGCCAUGGCCUGUGUACCAAAUUCCUCUAUGAAACUUCUCUUCGUAGAAAUGGGCGUCGGGUACGAUCAGCACGGUCAAGACAUCACUUCAGCCGCAAUGCGAGCUUGCAAAAACGCAAUUUCAUCAAAUUCGAUACCAGCUUUUCGAAGAGGAUCCAUACCUGGAGUUUCCUUCGAACAAAUGAAACUGCAAAUCAAGCUAGGAGUUCCUCGGACUCUGCAAAACGCAUUAGAUCUGGAGAAAGUGAAAUCGGUGUUUCCUUAUGGAAGAAUCUCGAACGUUGAAGUCGUUGAUGGCGGAUUGAUUUGCUCUAGUGGUGUUGAAGUUGAAGAAAUGGGAGAUAAAAACGAUGAUUGUUACAUUGUUAAUGCUGCUGUUUAUGUUGGCUACUGAGUCUAUAAUUAGAUUGAUAGUUUAGCUUUUUUGCAAACUCUACAACAGGCAAUAAGAAAGUGAAAUCAGUGUAUGGAAGUUAGAAAAUACUUUAUUUUGCAUCAAUUUAAGGCGAUCUAGGUUUCGUUUGUUUGAAA